UAUAAAUUAAAUUCUCAUCAAACACUUGAUUAAUUAUCAAUUUUAUAUCUUGCGCUGAGAGUUUGAAGUAUGAGUUGCAUUAAAAAUAAACUUUCUCUUUUUUGUUUGUUGUUCUUGGUAGUUUGUUUUUGUGAUGCUGUAAAAAUAAUUAAAGAUGAAGAUAUUCCAGAAUUAAGGUUCAUCAAUGCUUCCGUAAAUCCUUGUGACAAUUUUUACGAUUUCUGUUGUGGCAAUUUCAAGAACUACUAUCCACUCGAGGAGAAUAAAGUGGUGGAUCAAUUUACAGUUUCGACUGACACAAUAACGAAGUUUAUGAUAGAUGUCUUAAAAAGUUCGCAUGCAACAAGUGAAUCUGAAGCCAUCAAUAAGGUCAAAACAGCUUUCCAAUCAUGCAUAAAUUUGAAAAUAACGGACUCGAGAAAGCCUUAUCCAGAAAUAUUUUUUCUAAACGAGGUAGGGGGCAUGCCUUUACUUCGAACGCCCAAUACGUUUCCACCAUUUGGCUGGAAAGAAAUUGGACAUCUAACUGCAAAAUAUGGAGUACCCUUGUUGUUCAAGAUAACUGUCAUACCCUUUCCAAUUACAGCCACAGACAACCUUAUAAGGCUUGAAGAAGACACAUUUUCUGCACCGAGUAUGGCACGUCCAUCCAACGAAGACUUUUUAUUAGAAGUUCUUUCUUUAGAUUUGAGAAGAUACGUGAAGGAGUUGGAAGGAGAUAAUAAACCUUUUGGUAUCUUUCUUCGAAAAGUGUUUACAACAUUGAGGGAUAAUGUUAACGUAGAUGUAACAGAUGAUGAUAUCGAUAAAGGCAUCCGAGAAAUACUGAAAUUCAUGAAGGAUAUUCAAAACUUUGCUGGCAUCCCAGAAGACACAAAUGUUACUCCUUUAACUACAACAACAUUAGUAGGAGAUUUGCAAAAGUGGACAGACCAAGAGUUCGACCAUAAGCCACCAAUAGAUUGGGUGGAGUAUCUGGAUGCUGUAUUCAGUGCCGCUGGAGUAAAAAUAACGAACAACACAAACAUUUACGUGAACAGCACUUAUGUUUACAACGUUUUGAAUGUAGUUAGAAAUACCAGACCCGAGAUCGUUAAGAAUUUUAUUUUAAUGCGAAUCCUAUUGUUUUCUGCUAUGGAUAGUACUUGGUCAAUCAGGAAAGCAAUGGAAGAUUAUUAUACUGCCAAAAAUCUGACGCUAUAUCCAAGGGAGAAAUAUUGUGCACGUCAGUUGAUGGACAUUGCACCUUCUGAUAUGGUUGGUUUGAGUUUGGCUUCGGGAGUGUUUUUUGCUGAAAAUUAUAAUGGAAAGGAUAUAUUGUUCAAGGCCAAAAUGAUGAUUGAAGAUUUAUUAGAAACUUUCACCAAGACCUUGCUCAGAUUAGAUUGGAUGGAUACAUCUUCGAAAUCAGCUGCCUUAGAAAAAGCGAGAAAUAUUAUAACUCUAGCAGGCUUGCCUAAAUUCUUUGGUAAUAAUACUGCUUUAGAUGACGUGUAUGAGGGACUCAAUAUAGAGAGAUGGGACGGCUAUGGUAAUGGUCAAAGACUGAGGGCUUUCAAGCAAGCUUAUAUGUUCUCUCAGAUGGGUGGACCAAGAAACCGGGCCCACUGGGAUAUAUCUCCUUUUGAAACCAAUGCCUACUACAACAGAAUAAAUAACAAAAUAACAAUACCAUUUGCCAUGAUGAACCCAGUAUUUUUCGAUGGAAAAUUGGGGCUCAGGGACUACUCUCAUCUAGGAGCUUUGGUAGGUCAUGAAAUAACUCAUGGAUUCGAUAAUUCUGGUAGAAAAUACGAUGGAAACGGUACAAUGGCCGAUAUGUGGACAAAUGAAACGUUGAUUGCAUAUCAAGAAAAAAUUAAAUGUUUUAAAGAGCAAUACAACAGAUACUACGUGGAAGAAUUGAACAGAACUGUGGAUGGAUCAGCAAGUUUGAACGAAAACCUAGCUGACAAUGGAGGUGUCAGAAUAUCUUAUUCAGCAUCGAAGAAGUUAUUCGACUCUAUAGAAAUGGCAUCCAAGAAAUUCACAGCUGAACAACUAUUUUUUAUUGGUUUUGGAACCACUUUCUGUUCUACGGAAACAGUGGAGCAUCUUGAGUAUAGCUUAAACAAAGGCUACUCACCACCAAAAUUCAGAAUUAUAGGAGCUUUGUCUAACAUGGAGGAGUUCUCGAAAGCUUUCAACUGUCCUAAAAGCAGCACAAUGAACCGCGAAGAGAAGUGCUCAUUAUGGUAGAAAGUGCCUCUCAAAUAUAUUGUGAAUAUUUUUUUAAGAAAAAUUAUCUAUA